ACGUGACCGCGGCGGCGCACGUGACCGCGCGGGCGGCCGCGCUUUACGGCGCCGCGCGACAGCUGCCGGUGCUGUGCCCUCGGCUCGCCAUGGCGUCGGGCAGCGGGACCAAGAACCUGGACUUCCGCCGGAAGUGGGACAAGGACGAGUAUGAGAAACUCGCAGAGAAGCGGCUCACAGAGGAGAGAGAAAAGAAAGAUGGCAAACCAGCUCAGCCUGUCAAAAGGGAACUUCUGCGGCACCGAGACUACAAAGUGGACCUGGAAUCCAAGCUGGGGAAAACCAUUGUCAUCACCAAAACUACCCCUCAGUCAGAGAUGGGAGGGUAUUACUGUAAUGUAUGUGACUGUGUGGUGAAAGAUUCCAUCAACUUCUUGGAUCACAUCAAUGGCAAAAAACACCAGAGGAAUCUGGGCAUGUCCAUGCGGGUGGAACGUUCCACACUGGACCAGGUGAAGAAACGCUUUGAGGUGAACAAGAAGAAGAUGGAGGAGAAGCAGAAGGAUUAUGACUUUGAGGAGAGGAUGAAGGAACUCCGUGAGGAGGAGGAGAAGGCCAAAGCCUACAAGAAGGAGAAGCAGAGAGAGAAGAAGAGGCGGGCGGAGGAAGAUUUGACCUUUGAAGAGGAUGAUGAAAUGGCAGCUGUGAUGGGUUUCUCUGGUUUUGGCUCAACCAAAAAGAACCACUGAACAGCUCCGGACUCUCCUCUUUCUCUAAACAGGUUGUUUUUACCCAGGGAACUCUGGAUAAUUCUUCAAAGACUUGAUUGAGGACUUGUAUGUAAAUCUCCCAGUAGAAGUUGGCUGGAAGAGUUGAAAAGCGAUUCCAUACUCUACCUGUGCUGCAGAUCAAGCUCUGCCUCUCAUUUGCUUCCCUUCUCCUUCUGUGUCCUAGAUCUGACUGCUCUGUGGCCGUAUGUGUGCAGGGAAGUGCUCUGUUGGGUACAUUUUUUUUGUCAAUAAAGUGCACAUUCUGCACAGGUGGCCUGGUUCAGGAUUAAUCUAGUUGUCAACCAGGCCCUACUUGUCACCCAAGCUGUGUUUGAGAUGCUGGGAGGGAUUCACUUGCUUUUAGGCUCAUAAUGAAGGAAAUGUGCCACAGCAAGCAGUGUGAGAGGUGCAUCUUUAUGGCUUGUGCUGAGCAGAGCUGGUGGCUGCAUGGAGUCUGGGUUGCUGAAACUUUCCUGUGUGUUUUAUCUGCAAGGGAGACUUCCCUUCUUUUCUUUGUGUUUUAGCCCAUAAUUUCAGUAUGUUUAAGAUAGGGGAGAAAUUCCUCCCCAUGACUGGCCUAGGAUAGAGCCAAUGAACGAAAAGUGUGUACAACUUGCCAGAAAUAAAUGGAAUGUUUUAAUGGGCCCUUUGAUGGGGGUUUGAUGCCUUCUUUAUUUUGAGAGCUUUGAAGAGUUGCUAGUGUCUCCCAGCAGCACAGACCUGGGGUGGCCUCCUAGGGACCCAAUGGUGGCAGAGGUGAGGUGUGUGCCUUCCUCUCUUGGCUCAGCUCCCAGCUGCCCUAGGCAGACCAUUGCCAUCAUUCUUGGCUUUUGUAAGUAAUUCUGGAGAUGGGUGUAAGAAUAUGGAAGGGGAAGGGAGUUCAGGGCUGGGGACCUUCAUUCUCAUCAGGCAAUCCAAGACAGGCUGGGCUGCAUUCCAGAUUUUACCAGCCUUAGUGUAUUAAGGGCCAUUUUUUUCCUGUCUACUGGCUGUCAGUGUCUUUUCACCUCUGCCUUCCCCUAAAUCCACUUCAUUUCUGCUUUUAUUUACCUCAGUCAAACCUUGUGUGACUCAUUUCCGUCUGCAGUUAGGAUUUAUAUUUUGCAUGGCUGGGUUUUCGUAGCUCUGUCUCGCUCUCCUCUCUCUUUUUAUGUAUAUUGAUGAAAUCCUUGCGCUUGCCCUUCUCCGUGCUCGUAUGAAAUUUCCAGCCUGGGGAAGGCUGCAGUGUUUAGCCUGCUCUUUCUAAUACAUCUAGAACAAAUCCUG